GGCUGCGUUUGUGCAGCACCAAACUCCAGGGUUCUUCGCCCCCCUGAUGAUGUGUGUGUUCACCAGGAGUUUAUGCAAGUGUUUUUAGCUAGGGAGUGAUUCCCAACAUAGACAUCUAGUGAUAUAAAUAUGUGAAGGCGAGUCUGAACAUUUUCUUUGGCUACAUGGUCUGGUGUUGAUGCAAGACCAUUGUGCCGUUGUGCGCAUACUUUGAUUCGGCAGGCUGGGUCCUUGGCAAGGUAAAUGACAGAUCCCCAGUCCAAAUUUCAGGGAAGCAAACUCUGCAAUGGCUUUACAUCGAGUCGUCCAACUUCCUGAGGUGUCUAAGACUACUUACACGGGUGGGAACGCAAGACUAGUUUACGCUUCAUCAUCUAUGCAAGGAUACCGUAGCACCAUGGAAGAUGCUCUGAUAGCUUUUGAAUCUCUGAACGAUCUGAAUGAAACGUCUUUUUUCGGUGUUUACGAUGGCCAUGGAGGGUGUGCUGUAGCCAAGUAUUGUGCGAACAACUUGCACAUCAGAUUUCUCCAGGAGGAAGACUUUCAUGUAAACCUACCUAAUGCAUUGAGGAAGGCAUUUCUGAGGGUGGAUGAGAUGCUGCAAAAUAAGGCAUCUAGGAGAGAAUUGUCAGGGUAUGGUAGUGGCUCAAGAGUCUAUAAGGCGUCUUGUUUCGGAUGUACCCCUUGUCUGCCGGGACUUUGUUAUCGUGGUCCGCUCAAAGAAGGAUGUACAGCAUGCGUUGUUGUCAUUAGAAACAACCAGAUCAUUGUUGGAAAUGCUGGUGAUUCUCGCUGUGUACUCUCAAGGAAUGGUCAGGCAAUUGCUUUAUCCCGUGACCAUAGACUGGUUAGUACUGCCGAGUAUAUCCGGAUAGUUGCUGCAGGUGGCAAUGUUGCUAUCGCUGAUGGGCUCUACUAUGUUAGCAAUGGAAUUGGCGUUUCAAGAGCAAUAGGGUACUUUUCCUUGAAACAGAAUAAGAUGCUGCCCAAUGAAGAACAGGCAUUGAUUUGCAUGCCAGAAAUCAACUCGGAACAAAUAACUCUGGAUACUGAGUUUCUUGUUAUAGCAUCUGAUGGAAUUUGGGAUGCCUUGUCAAACCAGGCUGUGGUAGACUUUGUAAACAUUCGUUUAAAACAUGGAGUUGAUCCCUUCGUAAUUUGCGAGAGCCUUCUUAAUGUGGCCGUUACACAUGAACCACCGGCAUUGGACAACUUGAGCGUCAUACUAGUUAAGUUCCUGCACCCAGAUGCAGCCGGGGCCAGCGGCCGCAGAAGCGCAGAUAUUUGAUCUCGAGCUCACGAGGAAUGUCUUGGAGACAAUCUUGAAUGUACAUCGUUGUAGGCUUGUUAGUUUUGUCGUACAUGUGGUACUGACGACGGAGAUUUAGCUUGGAGGAUAGCAUGAACUCGUUGCACAUUUUUUUGGGUCUUGUUUAGUCUUGAGGAAGACGCUUAAUUGACUAAUGGGUGCCAAACACUCGCUAGGUUUUUUUGCACUGGUGAAGGAGUUUUUGCACUGGUGGGUGCCAAACUGCGUAUUAUAAACCCUGGUUUAUCGGUAAAAAAACGCCUAAGAAGAUUUCAAUACUUAU